GGCCGCCCCGUCCCCCCCGAGAAGGAACCUUCCCUUUAAGUCAGGCCACGCCCACUUGCGGCAAAACUCCGCCGGACACUUCCGGUGGACGAGGCCCCGCCCCUGGUUGUAGUCCCGCCCCCCCCAGCGAAGCCCCGCCCCCGCCCCGUGGCUCUUUAAGUGGUGGCGCGGCCUCGGGCUGCAGGCUGGGCGCAGCGAAUGAGGUGGGGGCGUCUCCUCCCCGGCGUCCCUGGAUGAUCGAGUCGGGAGCCGGCGGGCGGUGCAAGCUCAGCUCGCCGGCGACUGCUCCAUCGUUUGAAAUGACUCAGCGCGUGCUGGGAGUGAAGCUGCUGCCCGGGGAGAAGGUGAAGGGGGAGGUGAGCGCCAGGAGGUACGACUCCCAAGGGACUUCCACCCGUGGGAUCUUGCUGUGCACCAACUUCCGCGUGGCCUUUGUCCCAGCCGGGGUUGGGGACCCCCAGCAGGUGCUGGACGCUGGCACUGCCCCUCUGGGACUGGACGAAGUGGCCUUGUCCUGCAUUGAGCGGCUGGUGGCAGUGAACAGCUCCCGCAGUAAAGUGCUGACGGCCUCUUCCAACCUCAAGUUCCAGCCCGAGGAGAUCCGGCUGCACUGCAGGGACUUCCGACUCCUGCACUUCCAGCUGGAGCCCGGACACCACUCCCGGCAGAUAGUCACACUGAUCGCUCAGAGUUCUCGACCGGAGUCACUGCGGGACCUGUUUUUGUUCGAUUACGCUCUGGAAGUGACUGCAAACACUGCUCCCCGCCGAUGUAAUGCUGACUUCGAGAAGGAUUUCUCACGCACCCGGUUGUUUGAAUCCCAUUUGGACUGGGAGAGUGAACUGGACAGGACGGGAGCGCGAGGCUGGAGGGUCAGCCUCGUUAACGAACGUUUCGAAGUCUCGGCCAGUCUCUCGAGGGUCCUGGUGGUUCCCCGGACGAUUCUCGACCUGGAUAUCAAGAGUCUGUCUGCCUUGUUUACUGACGGACGCAUCCCGCGAUGGCACUGGCAUCAUGCUGGCAGCAACCUGCUGAGGAUGAGCAGCUUCCAGAGCACCAGCUUCUCCCAGAGGGACGGGCUCAGUAAGCUGGAAGAGAUGGUGUGUGGAGGACACACGCAGUUGGUGAUUGCCGAUCUUGGGGAGGACCUACCGAGCCCAGCUGACAUUCAGCAGGCUUACAGCCGGCUCCGCUCCCUGUGCGCAUGUGAGCUGCCCGGCGCCAUUCGGGACGGUGACGAGAAGUGGCUGUCGUCGCUGGAGUCCACGCGCUGGCUGGAGUAUGGCAGGUUGUGCCUGAAGAAAGCCACGGAAGUGUCGGCACUGCUGUGGAACCAGAGGCUGACUGUCACGCUGCAGGAAUCGGACGAUCGGGAUCUGUCCUGCCUGGUGUCGUCCCUGGUCCAGCUGAUCCUGGACCCCAGCAGUCGGAGCCUGUCUGGAUUCCAGAGUCUGGUGCAGAAGGAGUGGGUGUCAGCCGGACAUCGGUUCACUGACCGCCUCGACCUCCUGCGAGCAUCUGACAAGGAGGAGUCUCCGGUGUUCCUGCUUUUUCUGGACUGCGUGUGGCAACUGCUGGAACAUUACCCGUUCUCCUUCGAGUUCACGGACACUUACCUGCUGACUGUCCGUAACAGCUCACAUACUCUCCUCGCCGGCACCUUUCUCUUCAACAGCUGCCGGGAGCAACUCAGGACUCAGCAGGCGUCAUCCAGUGAGCUGCAGUCCCCCGUAUCCCCGCUCUCGAACGGCUGGCCUCACACCGGCGAGGUGAUGCCCGAGGAGCAGGUGGUUCUGAAGGGGGGCUACUUCGCCCAGGACCAGUUGACCUGCCCCCUGCCCUCCGUUUGGGACUGGUCACUCCUCUACUCCCAGGACCAUCAACAGCAAUUCCGCAACGUCCUGUACACCGGGGAAUCCCAGGACGCGGUGCGGAAUGGAAUGCCGGAGCAGUACUCCGCUCCCCAGGCUGAUCUGUCACCCUGGCGGUCGGUGCAUCUUCUGACCAAGGGCGGCUUCCUCCUGCCCAGCCAGCCCGUGCCCUGGAAGCUGCCGUCCGUGUCGAGAAGACUGGCCAAGUGGAGCCGCUCGCUGGAGAGCCUGCUGGAGCCCGAACCAGAGGCUGGCAGGGAAACCCACCGGCCCUUGCCCUCCCUCUCCCCCACCUCCCUCCCCCUGCCCUCCCUCCCACUCCCAGCCGCCGCCCUCUCACUCUGGCGCGGCUGCUACCUACGCUGGGAGAGAGUCCCCACCCCUGGCAUGUUCCAGGCCUGUCUGGGGAGCCUGAAUGCCGAGGUCCGCUCGCUGGGCUGUAGGCUUCAGCCCGAGGUGCCUGCCAACGGGCCCCAUAGCCCUGGCAACCGGGCCUCCGAGCAAUAAUGAUUCCCAUAACCCUAGCAGCACUCUGAAUUCCUCUAAAAGGUACAUGGCCCACCCCUCUGCACUGUUUCGGGACUGGCCCUCCCUUCCUCUGCAGUAUUAUGGGAUGUAAUGUGGGGUGGGGGGUUGGAGAGAGUGUUUGGGUCCAAAAUGGGAAAAUAGGAAGGAAUCUAACCCUGAGACCAAAGAGGUGGGGGUUGGUGUGGGUCAAAUCUCCCCCUCAGCCCUAUUUGCUGCUCCCCAACUGUAUUUCCCCCCUUCCACUGCAACACUUCAUGGGUAGGUGGGGGUUCUAGCUCGUUUCCAGACAGUGUUUCACGGGGUUCCCCGCCCAACCCCUCCACCCACACCCC